ACUCCAACAGCUUUCGCAUUCGUGCUGGCAGUCGGAUUCAACUGAAAUUUCGAAGUUGCAGCUUAGCAGAUACUGUUCUAAAAACAACAACAUGGAAAUCCAAUACAAUAGAAAAGUUCCAUUAGGAGAAGGUGGCUAUGGUUCAGUGUUUCCAGGAACCUUUCAAGGCCGAGAAGUGGCAGUCAAAAGAGUUCUCCUUAACAUGGCUAACUUUAAUGAAGAAGAAGCUUUAAAAAAGUUAGAUCACCCUAAUAUCGUCAAAAUCUUUCACGUAGAGUGUAACAACGAUUUCAUGCUAUUUGCUUUAGAGCUCUGCACCGCGUCAUUAGAUCAGGUAUUUCUAAGGCCUGAUCAUCCUGAAAAAUACAAAGGGCCUAAAUUGCCAUACCAUUUUGAAGUUUUCUCGCAACUGGCUUCUGGUCUCGAGUACAUACAUUCCAAGAAUUUUAUUCAUCGAGAUAUAAAGCCGGAGAAUGUACUCAUCUCGGUCGACUCUAGCACUAAUACGCAAGACGUUAAGGUAACAAUGAAAUGGGCAGGUUUUGGUCUGUCCAGGGCCGUAAAUGAACGAGGGUCAUACACGAUGAAUAGUGGAGUAAAAGGAACAAGAAACUGGUACGCGCCCGAAGUGCUUAGACUACUUUUUCUGCCACCUAAUCCGAUGGAAAAGCCCAGAGGUACCGUCAAAAGCGACGUAUUUGCACUAGGCCUCGUCUUCGCUUAUCUUCUGUUAGACGGCCAACACAUUUACGGUUCUAAUGAGAUUGACAUUGUUAAAAACAUCUUGGAGGGUAGAGCGAUCAAUAUGAAUAAAAUAGAACGAUCGCACUACGCAUACGGUCUUGUUACCGAAAUGUUGAAAAAUGAAUUCGAUCGAAUAUCUUCAUCAAAUGUUGUUGAGAGACUUAAAUCAGAAAAAGAUAAGCUGGAGGAAAAAGAAAAGGAAAUGUUGGAACUAUGUAUGAUAAGAAACCCAGAUACCUCCUACAUCUUCACUUGGAAAAACGAAAACGAAAAGUUAAAAACGUUGAUCCGGCAGGGAAUUGAUGUGAAUAAGAAAGACAAGAAUGGAAGAAACGCACUCCAUUUAGUCUGUCAAUUUAAUUCGAGCGAAAGGUUAAUCGACACAAUCAAAUUAUUAAUCCAACUCGGGAUCGACGUCAAUGAGAAAGACAAAGACGGAAGACACGCACUACAUUACUUGGGUGGAUUUAAUUCAAGUGAAAGAAUAAUUGAAGCAAUCAAAUUAUUAAUCCAACUCGGGAUCGACGUGAAUGAGAAAGACAAAAAAGGGAUCAACGCACUCCAUUUCUUAUGUGCUAAUGAUUCAAACGAAAUAUUAAUCGACGCAAUCAAAUUAUUAAUCCAACUCGGGAUCAACGUCAAUGAGAAAAACAAAGACGGAACCAACGCACUCCAUAUGUUGUGUUAUAAUAAUUCAAGUGCAAAUUUGAUCGACGCAAUCAAAUUAUUAAUUCAACUCGGGAUCGACGUCAAUGAGAAAACUAACAACGGAAGAAACGCACUCCAUUUAUUGUGUCUUAAUAAUUCAAGCGAAAGAUUAAUCGACGCAAUCAAAUUAUUAAUUCAACUCGGGAUCAACGUCAAUGAGAAAGACAACUACGGGCACAACGCACUCCAUUUAUUAUGUCUUAAUAAUUCAAGUGAAAGAAUAAUUGACGCAAUCAAAUUAUUAAUCCAACUCGGAAUCGACGUCAAUGAGAAAAACAACAACGGAAGCAACGCACUCCAUUUAUUGAGUGGGAAUAAUUCAAGCGAAAGAUUAAUCAACGCAAUCAAAUUAUUAAUCCAACUCGGGAUCGACGUGAAUGAGAAAAACAAUUACGGAAACAACGCACUCCAUUUAUUGUGUCGUAAUAAUUCAAGCGAAAGAUUAUUCGACAUAAUGAGAUUUUUAAUCGAACACGGGAUCAACGUGAAUGAGAAAGACAAAGACGGAAACAAUGCACUUCAUAUUUUGUGUCGUAAUAAUUCAAGCGAAAGAUUAUUCGACAUAAUGAGAUUUUUAAUCGGACACGGGAUCGACGUCAGUGGCAUCGACAUACGAAAAAUGUUACGGGAAAAAGAAACUAGAAAUUUUCAAGAAAUCAUAAAACUCUUCGACGAAGCAUCUUUUACAUAAACACACAAUCAAAUUAUUCAUCCAACUCGGGAUCGACGUCAAUAUGAAAAAGGAAGGACAACACAGACGAGACAACACACUUAAGUACUUGUGCUGAUCUCAAGCGAAAGAUUAGUUGAUGCAAUAUAAUUCUUGUCAAUAAUUUCAAUACGAAAUCUAUUUUAUAGGAAAAUAAUGUUAAAUUUUAGUUUGAUGAAAUUAUAAAAUCCUUUUACAAAGCAUUUUGACCCGAAUUUAUUGAUGUUUUAUGUAUCAUAUAGCCCUAUUUAUGCAUCGUGUAUAAAUCUUAGUUUUAUUUUCGAAAGAAAUUACUAUAAAAGCACAAUGCGGUUACAGUUCGCAAGAAAAUUUUAUGUAAAACAGUUAUUAAAAUAUUAACUU